AUGUCUAAUCAUCAUAUUCCACAUCAUCUAAAAAGAUUACAACAUGAUAAAAAUUCUAAUUUACAUUUAUCUUCAUCUAAUCAUCAUUCAUAUGAUAAUAAUUCGCGGGUAUUAAAUGAUGAAGUCCUUCGUGAAUCUAUGCAAAAUUUUACAGUUUCAUCUGAUAAUCAAACAAAUUUUUCACAACCAUCUCGACCAGGUCUCCAACGAGCACGACGUGGUGGUGGUGGUGGUGUGGGUGGACGUUUACGUCAUGGACAUGGACAUCCAUCAAAAUUAUUACCAAAACGAGCGAUUAAUUAUGAUCUAGCUGAAAGUUUUAUGGAUCAUUCAACAAAUCCAUUAUCAUGUGAUUUAUAUAAAAUUAAAUUUAAACAUUCAGCGAAACAAUGGCCACAAGGUCGUUUUAUAAACUAUAAAGAAAAACUUGAUAAAUUAGAUGGAAAUAUUAUUGACAUAUCAUGUACACGUAUUUGUCCGUUAGUAGCUACAAGAAAAAAGGUACAAGAAGCAAAUAAAAAUGCAAAACCGAUUAUUUCAACAACAACAGCCGCAACAACAACAACAACAACCACAACACCAUUAGCUUUAUUGAAUCCAGUUGUCCAAGAAGUUAAGAAAAAACUAAUUGGUCCACAAUCAAUUGUUUAUGCGAAUUUAUUUGGUGGUGGAAAAAUUCCUCGAAUUUCAUCGAAGAAUCAAAUAAUAAAACCGACUUCUACUAUGAAUUCAACAUCAUCAAGUACUGCAAUUUCAUUACUAGAUCAAAAUAUAACAGAUCAUUAA